AUGGUCAACAUAGCGGUUGCUGGUGGAACGGGUGACGUUGGACGCACCAUCGUUGAAGUUAUUAGUUCAAAUCCCAAGAAUAAGAUCUUCACUUUAUCGCGCAAGGUGAAGAUAAACCCAGCACCGAAAGGCGACAAUAGUGUCAUUAUUGUCGAUUAUUCCAGCGUGGAUGAUCUCAAAAGAGCACUUGAGGUGUAUGAAAUCGAUGUGGUUAUAUCCUGUCUAGCCCUCAUAGACGAAGCUACAAGCCAUGCUGAAAUCAACCUCAUUCGAGCUGCGAACGGUUCAUCAAAAACUACGCGCAUGAUAUCCAGUCUUUGGUCGAUUCCUAGUCCACCAGAGUAUGUACCAAACUUCCCUUUCACAAUAGUCACAUGCAUAUGGAUCGAAGAACUUAAGAAGACCACUCUUGAAUACACUCGCAUUAUUAAUGGUCACUUCUCGGAUUACUACGGUUACCCCUUUGUGAAAAGUCACCUCAAGCAUGCCGACUUCCUAAUCGACAUUGCAAACAAGACCGCGGUUAUCCCAGGCACAGGCGAUGACAAAGUCGCUUUCACUUACAGCUUCGACGUUGCCCAUUAUGUGGACGCUCUGGUUUCGACAGACAUACAGUGGCCAAAGGAAAGCAAAAUCAUUGGCGACAUCCUCACAGUCAACGAAUUGGUGCAGAUGGCAGAAGAAGCUCGGGGCCAAAAGUUCACCAUAUAUCGGGAUAGCAUCGAGAAUCUCCAUGCUUUUCAGCCCACGGAACUACCCUCUCACGCUGAUGCAUACAAAUUGUUUCCCAAGCUGAUGCUCCAGAUGAUGUUUGCAGUACUCAGCCAGUGGAUUACUCAAGGAUUGUUUGACAUCUCACUUGAUGGCUCUUUGAACCGCUUGUUUUCUCAUAUCAAGACCAAAUCAGUUAGGGAAAUUAUCAAGGAGGCCUGGUGA